AUGGACUUAGUUUAUGAUGUUCAGUGGGCAAAAAAAGCUGGCUGCAAAGUGAUCGGGACAUGUUCUUCAGAUGAGAAAGUGGAAUUUCUUAAGGGCAUUGGAUGUGAUCGGCCAAUUAAUUACAAGAAGGAAAACAUGAAAGACAUUCUAAAAUCAGAAUUUCCUAAUGGUGUUGAUGUUGUCUAUGAAUCUGUGGGCGGUGAGAUGUUUGAGACCUGUGUAGACAGCUUGGCUGUAAAAGGAAGACUUAUAAUUAUUGGUUACAUUUCCCAGUAUACUGGUGAGAAUAAACUGCUGGAAGUCAAACCCGAUCUCCCUCGUAAGCUUCUGACAAAAUCGGCCAAUAUUGGUGGGUUCUUCAUGCCCCACUACAUGAACUUAAUUCCUGAAUAUGUAAAGAAAUUGGUGACCAUGAAAUUGCAGAAUGAAAUUGAAAGCAGUGUUGAUCAGGGAAUUAAUGCACCAUCCAAGUUUGUUGGCAUUGAUAAAUUGGUGGAUGCUGUUGAGUACAUGUACUCUGGAAAAAGUCGUGGCAAAGUUGUAGUGGAAUUAAAUCCAUCAUCUUAA